UUUGUAGCACCCUGCAAUGCCUAUUCCGGCAGCCUUUUGUCUAGAGGAGUUCCCCCGGGUCCUUGGGAAGAAACGCAUUUUUGUCCAUCAGGCUCACGAUGUCAAAUUCUUUUUCUUUUUUUUUUUUUCUUUUUUGAGAAUGUUGCAUUUGUGCAUGCGGAUUCGGGUACAUAGACUUUCACUUCUCGUCCUACGUCGUCUGUCUUCCUAUGACUUUCGGGCUGUGUAGCUGUGGCUCUAGCUUGAACAGUCGGGCUUCAGGGAAAGAAAGGUCGGAGUGGCUCGUCUUUUUUCUUGUACGAAGCGUUCUUCAAGUUCUCGCCAUCGGCACGGCUUUGCAUGAUUGGGGACGCCGGGAGGAAGAGACGCAACCAAGUGUGGGAAGCGACGAAGAUUAUAUGGCAUUUAUUUUUGUUCUUUCGUGUUCAUUUUUUUUUUCUUUUUCUUUUCUGUUUUAUCUUGCUAUUGGUGUAGAUGUCAGGGAAAGUUUGGCAAUGGAACGCAUCACGCGUGACGACUAUCUUGUAAGCUCCCAAGGUAAAACUGUAUCGGCUCGGCACCGCCUCGGCACCGCCAAGACCGCCCGUUUGUCUGCAGGUGGAAAGUCCCCGUGAAGUACCACGAACUUCACUUGGAUGAAUCCACACACAAUUUUCCGUACAUUAUUUGUGUUCUGACAAUUCGUAUUACGUCGUUGCUUUUUCGCAGCCAAGCAUGAAGUACACGUGUAGUGUAU